AGCCACAGGAGACACCAGGAAAGAGCCAGCUCUCUGCUCUGCCCCACGGGGAUAAUGGGAAGGAUGGAAGGGCUCUUCUCUCCACAUCCUCCUCUCUGCUCUUGUGCUCCCCAGCCUUGAGAUGAGCUCCUGCUGCUCGGGGUAACCUGUGAGCUGGGUUUGUGCCCAGCUGCUGAUCUGCUCUCUUGGUGUUCUCCAGCUCACACAACUCUGCUACAGACUCGGGGAGAAAUAAUGGACAUGGAACAACGCAGAAAGCUGAACACCAGCCCAGUGUUGAGCCUCAAGCCCAAGGAGUCUUCACUGGGAGAUCAUGGAACUGUAACGCUUUUGGUUUCCCUGACCCUGAGCACUGAGGGUGAUGUCAGCAGCCCGGAGAGUUCCAGGACAAAUUCACAUCCCCCUCAGCAUCUCUUGGGGCAUCAAGGCAAAACAAGUGCUGAUGACCUGAGGGCCAAGCUCAAGAAGAAGCAGCACAAGGCUAAAAGCAUCAAGACUGCCAAAAGCAUUAUGGGUAAAAAGACGUCCUCAAGCUGGCAUCAGGAGAAAAUGGAGUCACGUUUAUACUGGCAAGGAUUAAAGCCUUCAGCGGUAGUUGGUGGAUUAAAAGGUGGUGACGAUGCCUCCAUAUCUGGACGACACAGAGAUGAGGAGGAAGGUCCAGCUCCCAGGAAGUACUAUAUGAGGACAGACAAAUGGCACAGCCAGCAUGGGGUUGGAUAUAAUAAUCUUUUCUACCAAGUUUGGAAACCUGUGAAAGUGGAGCGCAGGUCCAGAUCUGACCAGGGUCUAAACAGGAAUCUGGAUUUUAUCUCUGACCUGUUGGUUCAGAGCUUCCCCGAUGUGAGCAGCAGAGGAGGAGCCACGGCUGAAGAGAAGCGUUUCCCUACAGGCAGGCACCUCCUGACCAUGCCUGACACCGCAGCAGAGGAAGACUCCAUGUUCCUCAAUAAACCUGUGAGCCCCCAAAGUCCAGCACUUGCACCAGUUGCAAAAAAAGGGGAAAGCAAUGUUGAUCAUCACCGGCCGCUGCUGGAGGCACACAAGGGCCUGCAUGCAUUCAUGGGCCACGUGGAGCGAGCCCUGAGGAGGGACUGCAGCCUUCCCCAGCUCAAGCAGGUCUGUGCCAAGAUGGUCAUGAAGACCAGGCUGCUUCUGAAGCUGCUUACUGAGAGGCAAGAGAACCAGGGAGCCUAUGAUCCUACAGCACAGUGUCGUCUGCAAGAGAACAUGAUCAUUCAUAUGGCCUUGGGGAAGGACAAGGGACUCACAGGGAAGCACAAACUAGAAGUUGUGGUGUACGUGGUCACGUUUGUGGUUUUGCUGUUUUUCUUCAUCUUCGCUUUGCUGAUACUGAAGUGUGUCUUCCAGAAGCGCUGUCGACGUUGUGAACUUGACUCCCAACCCCGCCACACCAGGAAAUUGUGGCUGAAAAGGUUUUGUGUAAAACUGCCACAGAGUGGGAAGAAGGAUACCAGGGCCCAGAAAGUAGAGCAGAAAAGGGCAGACAGCUCCUCCGAGUGUUGCCCCUGUUCGCAGGCCGUUCAAGGUGCUUCCCAGUGCUGUUCCCUGUUCAGGAAGUCUGAACUGCCAUGGAUUCAACGCAUCAGGGAUGCCUAUGAAUCCCAGAGAUAAGCAUCCCAGGAAGAGAUCCAGUUUGAAAACCUAAGGGGGAAGACUCAAGAAGUUAAUGGGAUGCCAGCAAUUCUUCACUUCCCACUUUAGCUGAGGCUCUCCUUGGAUGCUGUUUCGUUGGUUGUUGUUAUUUCCUUGGAUACUUUUUCAUUUACUGUUAUUUAAUUGCUGUCUCUGCUGAGGGAAGCAGAGGGUGCCGCAGGCAAGCACAAGCUCAGGACACCCAGAGGAGGCACCAGUAUCUCUGGGUUUUCCUCAUCCCUUGUGGCAAUGUUUCCCCCUGCAUUCAAUAGAAAUAAAGUUUGUCCUUGUUCCCCCUGGUGUUACUGAUGUAUUUGUAAAAGCAGUUUCUGUUCUCCCUUAUGGAAGAGGCCAAAUUCAGUUCCAGCUGGGCCUUUACUUUUCUACCUUUCUCCCUGCAUGCCCGAAUGUCCUAGGGUAACGUUAGGAUGCUUGUAUCCCCUUUCAUGUGUGUUGUUUAUGCUGGAUAUUAUGUUCUGUGCCUUCAAGACUGGCUCUGAAGAGGGAAAGUUCUGUUUUGGCUUCUUAUCAGCCUCUCCCUCACAGCCGGCGGGACAUACAGAUGGGAUAGUACAUAGUGCUGUUUUUGCUUUUUGCCCUGCUUUUCGCUUUGCUCUUGCUUCUGCUUGCUCUUGCUUUCUGCUCCUUCUCAUUAGUUAGUUUAGCUAAACAGUCCAAAUUUCUUCCCGGACUGUUUCUCCUUUCCUUUUUGGAUCCACUUGAAC